AUGAUAGACUCCGUGAAGAACUACUAUCGGAGCCUGCUGCGCUUCCAGAAUGAGAGGAAGAACCUAGUGCCUCUGGCAAGUUAUUGCCAGAAGGGAAGCUGGUCGGAGGAGCCAUUGUUUAAGGAAGAGCUACCUUUGAAGCAUGAGCUGCUUCUGAGGGAAAACUGCCAAAAGGAAAACCAUGGUCGUAGGAGAUGCUACUUCCGAAGGAAAACUAUUAGAGGGGGAGCUACUCCCAGAGGAAAAACUACUGUUGGUGAGAAAGCCACUACAAGAGGAGGAAUUACUUCCUUAGGGAAAACACAGCCAGAGGGGAACUACUUCGAGAAGGAAAGCCGCUGCAGGAGGAAAACUACUUUUGAAGGGAAAACCACUGCUGCAGGGGAGGUGUUUAGCAGAGGAAAAGUCGCUACCGAAAGAGAAACUACUCCCGGAGGGAAGACUACUGUCAGAGGAGGGGUUUCUAUAAUUCUAAGGAAGCUGUCGGAAAGAACACCAUUGUCGGAAGAUCAUCUGUUUCUGAAAGUAUAG